AUGUCAUACUUUUUGCCUCAUUUGCCCACUGGCUGGCAUGUCGACCAAGCGAUUCUGUCAGAAGAAGAUCGUGUUGUUGUAAUACGUUUUGGACACGAUGGCGACCCACAGUGCAUGAAGAUGGACGAGACGCUGAAUGCAGUCAGCGAGCGCGUGCAAAAUUUCGCUGUAAUCUAUCUUGUGGAUAUCACAGAUGUCCCAGACUUUAACAAGAUGUACGAGUUGUACGACGCGUGCACUGUCAUGUUCUUUUACAGAAACAAACACAUCAUGAUUGACUUGGGCACGGGUAACAACAAUAAGAUAAAUUGGGCUAUGGAUGAUAAACAAGAGCUGAUUGACAUUAUCGAGACUGUGUAUCGUGGCGCAUCCAAAGGUCGAGGUCUUGUCGUCUCGCCCAAAGACUAUUCUACGCGAUACCGUUAUUAG